UAUCAACCAGUGCUCUGUGAUCGUAUUUUCAGAGGGAUCCCCUCUCUCCUCCUUUAACCCCACCGGAGAAGAAUUAUGUUUUCCCGUCUGCAACUACUCACGGUGGCACUGCUACUUUGUGCCGGGUGCUCCAAUGCUGCACCUCACUGCAAUAACUGUGGCAACAUAUCUGUUCCUUACCCACUCAGCACCGGACCCAAUUGCGGUGACCAAUCGUACAAGAUCCGAUGCAAUGCCAUUGCCGGCACACUUUGGUUUGAUACCGUCAACUCCACCUAUUCCAUCGAAUCCAUCCAUCCCUCUACCCAACGAUUCGUGAUAAGCCCAGCCAGCUUCGCCGGUAAAAGCUGCAUCACCACGGAUGUCAAUAGCCAUGGAAUCCAGCUCAACAGAAGCCUCCCCUUCAACGUUACUAGCAGCAAUACCAUAUUCUUCCUCAACUGCCCCAAUUCAUUGCUGAGAUCACCUCUUGAUUGCUCUUCGACGAGCCUCUGUCACACCUACAUAAAAGCGACAUCAGAGGCGGCAGCGUGUGAACAAGCUGCUCGUCUCUGUUGCUCAUUCAGGACAGGGAGUUCAACCACCUCCUAUUCCAUAUUGCUUCAGGAUGCCGGGUGCACGGCGUAUCGGAGUUUUGUGAAUUUAGACUAUUCGUUGCCGGUGAGUAAGUGGCCGGCACCGGGGGUGGAGAUAGAAUGGGAGUCGCCGCAGGAGCCAGUCUGCCAUUCCCAUGCAGAUUGCGAUCAGGGGUCCAAUUCCACAUGCCAAGCCGACCCAUCGAGUUCCAGAAUCAAGAGAUGCUUGUGCGUCGCUGGGCUCUCUUGGGACCCCAUCAGCGGUUCUUGUGUUGCCAGUAAGUUAAUUUUAAUGUGGUUUUUAAGUUUCAAUUCCAAUCCCCAUUCACCACUGAAAAAGGAAAACCCCAUUUUCCCUGAUUCAGAUGCGACGUGUCAGAGACCUGGAAGUUGCAAUGGUUCCAAAAACCAUAACACACUAAUUGCAGGUCUAACUACGGGAUUAGGAGGAGCGGCGUUGCUUGCGGCAGUGGUGGGUACUCUGGUCUACAAGCGACACAGGCGAAUCAAAGAGGCGCAGGAGCGACUUGUUAGAGAGCGUGAAGACAUCAUAAAUUCUAACAGAGGCGGCAAGGCGGCCAAGGUCUUCACGGGCAAGGAGAUGAGGGGGGCAACCAAUAACUUCUCCCAUGAACGACUUCUGGGUACCGGUGGCUACGGCGAAGUCUACAAGGGCAUCCUCAGAAACAACACCAUCAUCGCCGUCAAGUGCGCCAAGCUCGGUAACACCAAAAGCGUCGAUCAGGUCCUCAAUGAGAUGAGGAUCCUCUGCCAGGUGAAUCACCGCAGCCUCGUACGCCUCUUUGGCUGCUGCGUUGAGCUGGAGCAACCUCUGAUGGUAUAUGAAUACAUUCCGAACGGCACCCUGUUCGACCACCUAUACAGGGCUCGCAACGGCGGCCAGUGUGAGCUAACGUGGCUGCGCCGUCUAAGCAUUGCCCUUCAGACGGCCGAGGGGCUUGCCUACCUCCAUUCUUCCGCUGUGCCUCCCAUAUACCACCGUGAUGUGAAGUCCAGCAACAUUCUAUUAGACGAAAAGCUUAACGCCAAAGUCUCGGAUUUUGGGCUAUCCCGGCUUGUAGAGACUGAUCUUAGUCAUGUCUCCACCUGUGCUCAGGGAACCUUGGGCUAUCUUGACCCAGAAUACUACAGGAACUACCAGCUGACAGACAAGAGCGACGUCUACAGCUUCGGAGUCGUCUUGUUGGAGUUGCUGACAUCGCAGAAAGCCAUAAGCUUCAACAGAGACCCAGACGAUGUGAACCUGGCUGUUUAUGUCAAGCGAAAGGUGGACGAAGACAAGUUAAUGGACACCAUAGAUCCAAUGCUCAUGGAGGGAGCAAUCGACAGGGAUCUGAAGACCAUAAAAGCUUUAGGGUUUCUGGCGUUGGGUUGCUUGGAGGAGCGAAGACAGAACAGGCCUUCUAUGAAAGAAGUUGUGGAAGAGAUAGAAUACAUUACGAGUAUCGCAGCAGCGGUAGAUACAGAGGUUUAGUAACGGCAUGUGUUUGAUAUUGGGUGCAAGAGAGCUCAAAGAAGAGAUUGAAGAUGGAGCAACACCAUUUUUCCUCUUAUACGUACAUACUAUGCCUCGCCCAUUAUUUCUUCAGAUAUAAAUAAGCCCUGAAAAAUUGAUUAACCUUCUCUCUCCUUCCCAACUCUCAUGCCUUCCUGGCUGUUGCUGGUACCAGAGGAACACGAGCAGUGGUUUCUGAUGCAGCAGGCCUGUCAACAAAGCCUUCAGCUACAAGGAUCCUUCACUCAUCUCCUGCCCACCAGACCCUGAUCUGUGCAUUGCCCUGCCUACCUCAAAUCUUUAUUUCCCACUGUUGUUCUUGAAGCUGCAUAUCUUGCUUGUGUUUUAUCUACUUCACCAUAUGUGCUAGUGAGAUUUUUGAUUGCUUACU